UCUCCAUGGCUUCUUCCUCUCAUCUCCUUCUCAUUGCCCUCCUUCUUCCUCCUCUCGCCUCCUUCUCCAACGCCGGCAAGAUCGCCGUCUACUGGGGCCAGAAUGGCAACGAGGGCACCUUGGCGAAGGCAUGCAACACCGAUCUCUAUGGAUACGUCAUUCUCGCCUUCCUGACCACCUUCGGCAAUGGCCAAACCCCCGUCCUCAACCUCGCCGGCCACUGCGACCCUCCUUCCGGCACUUGCAGAGGUCUCAGCUCCGAGAUCCGCCAGUGCCGGUCCAAAGGUAUCAAGGUGCUGUUGUCGCUCGGCGGAGCCAUCGAAAGCUACUCGCUCUCCUCCUCAGACGACGCGAAGACCGUAGCGAGGUACCUGUGGGACCACUACCUCGGCGGGUCGUCGAGCUACCGGCCGCUGGGUGACGCGGUGCUCGACGGCAUCGACUUCGACAUCGAGCAUGGCUCGCCGAACCACUACUGUGACAUUGCCAGGAGUGAAUCGCUCGUCGACCUGGGCAAGCAGGCGGGCACCAAAGUGUACCUGUCGGCGGCGCCGCAGUGCCCGUUCCCUGACCAGCUGCUGGGGCCCGCGCUGCGGGCCGUGACCUUUGACUACGUGUGGGUGCAAUUCUACAAUAACCCGAGCUGCGACUACAGCUCGGGGGUCAGCGGGGUCGCCAGAGCGUGGAGCACGUGGACUUCCAGCUUGCAGUCGUCGACGGUGUUCCUGGGGCUGCCCGCGUCGAGGGAUUCUGCCGGGAGCGGCUACAUCCCUCCGGACAACCUCAAGUCGAAUGUGCUACCGGUGAUCAAGCAAGCGUCCAACUACGGCGGCAUCAUGCUGUGGAAUAGGUUCUCGGACCGUCUCAGUGGAUACAGCAUCGCCGUCAACGGCAGCGUCUAA